AUGGAAGUUCCGACAGCAGCCUCAUUACGCGACAUCUACACCGAGGACGCGGUGCCGGUGCAGGCGAAGCGGUGGGAGAGCUUGCUGGCAAAGUUCAAGGAGACCUAUGGCAAGCGGGCGGACUUCGUGGCAAGGAGUCCAGGGCGCGUCAACAUCAUUGGCGAGCACAUUGACUACUCGCUCUAUGAAGUGCUACCAAUGGCUAUUACCUCCGACUUCAUCAUGGCUGUAGCUGUCCGACCCGCCGAUGAGAAGCCGCGGAUACGGAUCGCGAACAUACAGUCCCAGAAGUUCCCCUCACGAGAAUUCGAGAUUCCUGCCGAAGGAGACAUUCCUAUCGACGCUUCGGAGCAUGAAUGGACAAACUACUUCAAGUCGGGUUUGCGAGGAGUUUCUCAGCUGCUCGAGAAGAAGCAAGGCAAACACUUCGUCACCGUGGGCAUGGAUAUCCUGUGCGACGGAACUGUGCCGAGCGGUGGUGGGCUUUCAAGCUCAGCAGCUUUCGUGUGCACAAGCUCGCUGGCAGUCUUGACCGCGAAUGGCGAAGACAAAGUCGACAAGAAAGAGCUGUGCGAGCUUGCUAUUGUGUCCGAACGCGCUGUGGGUGUCAAUUCGGGAGGCAUGGACCAGGCAGCCUCAGUCUUUUCGCUCCGCGGCACUGCUCUUUAUGUGACAUUCAAGCCAAGUCUCGACUACACUGCAAUCGAAUUCCCGCAGACGGAUCCCGAACUUACCUUCGUCACAGCCCAGAGCUUCGUAGCAGCAGACAAACACGUCACAGCACCUGUCUGUUACAACCUACGUGUUGUAGAGUGCACUUUGGCCGCAGCGUUCCUGGCGAAAGCGUUCGGUCUGAGGCGCGAGCUGCCAAAGGACUCAUCACCGCUGGGCGUCAGCCUACGAGGCUUCCAUGAUACCUUCUUCGAGGAGAAGGAAGGGGUUUCUGACAACACGAAGACUUCGGUCGCCGAUUUCAAGGUCCAGCUCCAGAAGCUAAUUCAACUGACGGAAGACUAUCUACCACAAGAAGGAGGCUAUUCAAGAGGCGACAUCUGCGGGCUACUCGGCAUCUCAGAGGAGGAACUAAACCAGCGGUACAUGUCGAAAUUCCCUGUGCGUGCAGAGAAGUUCAUGCUCCGACAACGCGCGCUUCACGUUUUCACCGAGGCUCUGCGCGUUAUACAGUUUCGAGAACUACUCUCUUCGCCUCCAAAGGACGGUAAAGAAUUCAUCAAGUCGCUUGGAGAUUUGAUGAACGAAACGCAGACUUCGUGCCGAGAUGUCUACGACUGCAGUUGCCCGGAGCUUGAUGAGCUGUGCGACCUUGCGCGCGCUGCGGGUUCAUGCGGAAGCAGACUGACAGGAGCUGGAUGGGGAGGAUGCAGUGUACAUCUAGUGCCCAAGGAUAAGGUUGAUGCGGUCAAGAAGGCAUGGGAGGAGAAGUACUACCGGAAGAAGUUCCCCGACAUCACAGCCGAAAAGCUGCAAGAUGCCAUCGUUGUCAGCAAACCCGGUAGCGGUAGUAUGGUUUUCAAGGUCGUUGGGGAUAAGGUCGUAUAG